AUGGACAAUCAAGGAAGUGAUUCUGGUAUAUCUAAUUUUUCAACCUUUAUGAAAGGAAAAAGUAAUUUACCAAAUUGUGAAAUUACAAAACGUUAUGUUGAAGUUGACGGUGAAAUAAUGUCGGUAGAUGAUGAGUUUGCUUCUAACGGAGAUCAAAAGUUAACUUUAGAAAAUAACGACAAAUCAUUCAUUUAUUAUGAAAAAAUUCAUGAUAAUAACAAUUGUAAUAAACCGUUUUCACUACCAAGCACAUCAAAACAAUAUAUGGAGAAUAAAGUUUAUCAAGGUGGCGAUAUCAAUCAUGUCAAAGAUGAUAUGAAGGGAGUAAGAACAGCUCUUUUGAAAAAAGGUAAAAAACAACUAGUUCGGAAACCACAACUAAUACCACUACGAUCUGAUGACGAAGAUUAUAAGCAAUUACACCAACGUAUAUUGAAAUUGAUUGAAAAAGAAAAAAAAUUGUACAAUGUAAAAGAACCAGAACCUUUAUAUUGGUGUUUGAUGGGCUCUGACUAUUCUUACUUCACGGACUUACUUUUAGAAGCUAUUUCCAAGGAUCUCAACAACUUUUCUUUGAUGAAAGAAAGGGCUCAGGAUGCUGAAGCGAUUAAUAUAAAAAUUCGUAUCGAUAAAGCUCAUGAACUGCUUUUGAUGUUAUACGAUUGUUACAGCUUGAUUCACCACAGAUUAAGAGAAUUCCAAAAACAACACUCCCACAGUCGCUUCUACUCUUCACACCUUCGGAUCACUAAUCUGGGUUACGAAACGAAAAUGGAGCUUAUUGAAAAGCAAAUUGAAGAUUUAAACCAUUUAUAA